AUGGCGUCCUCCUCAAAAGCUCCGAGCUUCCUCCUCUACAGUCAUCUAACCAAGCAUAUCGAAUUCAGCUCGUGCAUCGCUCAUCGCACCACUAUCCUAGCCGAACACUCUUCGCCUGGCACCUCAUCUACCGCAGCCUCCUCGCUUGCCUCCAUUAUCCUCCCCAAGAUCACCCAUGACAAGCCUCAGAAGCUCACGUACACUCACGAACGCCUGUUCGUGCACUAUAUCGCCGACUCCUCAUCGGGAGGCACAGCCGAUGACCAGGGCGGCCGCGCAGAGACAAGUUCCUAUGCGCCGCUAAGCUUUGUUGUGGUGGCCUCCGCCGAACAAGGCCGCCGCAUCCCAUUUGCCUACCUCCUUGAGAUGAAGCGCAAGUUCCUGACGACAUACAACCCUUCUAGUACAGACUUUGGCUCGCUCCCUGCCUACGGCUGUGCAGCCUUUAAUACGGAACUGCGCGCUCUCCUCCAGACAUACAAUACUGCACCACCUGCCGACUCGCUCGCCUCCGCCCGUCGUGAGAUCGAUAGCGUCCGCGACAUUAUGACAGAGAACAUUGAGCGGGUGCUCGAACGCGGAGAACGUAUUGAUCUAUUGGUCGACAAGACAGAUCGGCUGGGUGGUAGCGCGCAUGAUUUCCGGAUGCGUAGUCGUGGCUUGCGGCGGCGCAUGUGGUGGAAGAACAUCAAAUUGAUGGUUUUACUGGGUGUUGUGGUGAUUUUCUUGCUGUACCUCUUUAUCGGCAUGGGAUGUGGUCUCCCUGCCUGGGGCAGGUGUGUUGGUAGCAAGAGCCAUGAGUAA